AUGACUGGUUGUUGGAAGUGGACGGAGGAACGAUGGAAGUCUGUGCAUCCACGCUCUACUCUUGAUUAUGCGGUGGUACACCGGCGAGUAGCGACAAGCUAUUGCAGCAGAAUGGCCCACCAGAGAGCGAAAAAACCGUCCAACUUCUCUCCCAAGCUAGUAUCAUCGCUACAACUACCAAAAUCAUGGCCAUCGAAUGUGACCUUUAUUGAUCAGCCUAUAUAUUCAUCUUUGCUGCUCACGGACACCAAACAGGCGCUCUUCAAGAACAUAAGCGAUGAACCGCAUAUAUCGAUUACUCCACACGACCGCGGACCCUCCCAAAAAGUCCGUAUAACGCGGAUAUCCAACAUUUCACAUCCUGCUAAUGGACAGUGCGGACUCUUCGCAGCCCAGCAUCUCCAGCCAUCGGCCUUCAUACUGCCGUAUAUAGGCUUUGUCCACGGGGAGAACGAUACAGACCCGGUCUCAGACUACGAUAUCUCGCUCGAACGAGAGUUUGGGGUUGCGAUAGAUGCUACUAAUAUGGGAAACGAGGCGAGAUUCACGAAUGACUACCGUGGCAUCGCCUCCGGGCCAAAUGCCGAGUUCAGAGACAUCUGGGUUGAUAUGGGACGUGGAAAGCUCCAGCAGGGAGUUGGGAUAUUUGUACUUGCGGCCGGGAAGGCUGGCAAAAAAUCAAAAGGUAUCGCCAAAGGCGAGGAAAUUCUUGUCAGCUACGGCAAGGGAUUCUGGGCUGGUCGCUUCGACAGUCCGCCUCUCCACGAUGGCGUAUCGUAA